CUUUCGCACAUUACUCCAACUUUUCAAAAUCUGCCAAUACAUUUUUCCCUCUCAAAGAGUGAAGGUAUUUAUUUCUUCAAUUGGAGGAAAGUUAAGAAAUGGAAUUUGCAAAGACAACAAUCACGAAGGGCGUCGGCGGCCGAAAGGGUGGCGAUAGGAAGAAGGCCAUACCCAAAUCGGUGAAAGCUGGGCUGCAAUUUCCGGUAGGUCGAAUCGCCCGUUUUCUCAAAAAGGGUCGGUAUGCGCAGCGUGUGGGUAUUGGAGCCCCGAUUUACAUGGCUGCUGUACUUGAAUACCUGGCUGCUGAGGUGUUGGAAUUGGCUGGAAAUGCUGCAAGGGACAACAAGAAGAGUCGGAUUAUUCCAAGGCAUUUGCAGUUGGCAAUAAGGAAUGACGAUGAAUUGGGAAAAUUGAUGCAUGGUGUAACAAUUGCGAGUGGUGGAGUUUUGCCCAAUAUUAAUCCAGUUCUUUUGCCCAAGAAAUCUACUGCUAAUGAAUCUCAGGAUAAGGCCACCAAGUCCCCGAAGGCAUCCAAAUCUCCAAAAAAGGCCUAGAUUUAGCCCUACAAUCUAGUUUCAAUCUAGGAUUUAUUUUAUUUUAUUUUUUUGUUAUUGACAUGAAGAUUUAUAUUAAUGAAAAAUUGCUUUUGGUUAUUAUUUA